AGUCUGGUGUCAGAUACACGGUUAAAUCAAAACAAAUAAAGACUAGCCUGUUGCGGGGCUGAGAAUUCAUUUUCCCGUGAUCAUCUGAAAUCACAUUCGUCUUGACAUGGAUGAAACACUCUUCCAGCUAAAGUUUACUUCCAAGCAACUUGAGAGACUGGCCAAGAAGGCAGAGAAGGAGUCUGAAAAGGAGCAGGCCAAGGUCAAGAAGGCUUUGCAACAGAAAAACGUGGAAUGUGCCAGAGUUUAUGCAGAGAAUGCCAUCCGGAAAAAAAAUGAAGGUCUUAAUUGGCUGCGCAUGUCGUCACGAGUGGACGCGGUGGCCUCUAAAGUCCAGACUGCUGUCACCAUGAAGGCAGUGACCAAAAGCAUGGGCCAGGUGACCAAGGCCCUGGACAAAGCUCUGAACUCAAUGGACCUCCAGAAGGUCUCUGCGGUCAUGGAUAAGUUUGAAAGUCAAGUACAGAACCUUGACGUCCACACCUCAGUGAUGGAGGACUCCAUGAGCUCGGCGAUGACACUGACCACGCCUCAGGACCAGGUCGAUGACCUGAUUCACCAAAUAGCAGAGGAGAGUGGGCUGGAGGUGAUGGACCAGCUCAACCAGCUGCCAGCGGGAGCCACCUCAUUGGGUGGAGAGAGCGCACGCCAAGAGAAGGAGGACCAGCUGUCUCGACGUUUGGCUGCUCUGCGGAACUGAGGGCUCCUCCAGCAGCGGUGACGGGGCUCACAGCUGCGUGGAAGCAGACGUGCUUAAUGACGCCGUCAGGAGCUGUGUGUGUGUGUGUGUGUUUAUGUUGAACUGUUCCUACCGGGAGGACUUAAUGAGGCUAUUGAUUACCACUCCCCUGCUCUAUAAAUACACAGACACAACGGCUAGAAAUACCACCUGAGGAGGUAUGAGUCUCUCUCUGGUUCACCUUCCCGUUUCGAUCCGUCUCUUCUCCUAUUUCUGUUUUCCCCUCUAAUUCCCCAUUGGAUCUCAUCUUACCCUCCACUUUUCCCUUUUUCCUCCCUUUUUAUCCCUUUUUCUCCACCACCACCUCCUCGUCUGUCUACGCCCUUCCAUUUCCCAAAUCACACAUUUUGCAUUUAUGCUUUGUAUAAAAAGAAAAACAUUUUACAAACUGUUUGAUUUACAAUGAUGAAAGUAAAGAGUUUUAAUGAGCAGUUAUAGUAAUUAUAACGGAGGUGUCCCUGUCAUAAGGUGAAGGGUGAGUCAAAGAUAUGUGUACAUGUUGUUUUCAAGUAUUUUGGGGAUCUGUCUGUGGGAAAUUGUUUCAAUGGACAAUUCUGUUGGGAGGAAGGAAACAGAAAUUUAAUGGAACAAAAAUAUCCUCUGACUUUAAAGUAAGUUUAAAGUAAAGUUGUAGUUUAACUUGGUGGCAUGUUGCUAACACUAAGACAUCGUCUCCUUCCUUCCUCAAAUCUGCCCAAGUAUCAACCGCUUCUCGACACCAUUAUAGACAUUGUAUAAAACAAAUGACAGUCCUCCCAUCUUUUGUUUACCAAUGUCAAAAUGGAUUAUGUUUGUUUUCUUUUUUUUUUUUGUUAUUAUUCAGAUAUGUUGGUGAUUAUUUCUCAUGCCUGUCUUCAGACUUUAUUGCUUUGAACGCCUUAUUUGGGAUGCAGGUGCUUGCAUAGGCGCUUCCCUCACCAGUGCCUGAAGGACAGUAGUUUAGAGAUAUGUCUUUAACUCUGUAGCGUGAAGUUGCCUCAUCUCUUUUUGGUUUUGGGUGUUUGAUUUGAGGUGUUGACACUCUCCCCCAGCAACAUUGAAACCUCAUUCAGAUAUUUUUAGAAGCGUCUCUGUCUCAAAAUAACCCGAUCAUGCCCACCUGUCUCAGUUUCAUCCUGGACUGUUUGAGGAGUAAGACGUCAUCUCAGAACAGGGAUGCACACGCUGGAUCUUUUUUUUUUCUUAAUUUGACAAGGAUCAGUUGCUCUUCCUAAUUUGCCUUGUAAACCACACAUUUGCUUGAAUGUUCAUUUGUUAGGUUUCAGGUAAAACGCUGGAGAUGUGCUGGAAGAUGUUUUGCAUCAUGAGCAGGACAGAUUUAAAGACUGAAGAAUAAAAUGUACAAAGGCAUCAGAAUAUGUUUGAGUUAACAAAAGACGGGGACCUUUUUUUCUUUUGUUUUUUGAGGUCAUAGGUCUCUGUUGAGUUGCCUGUUAAGUGCUUUGACUGGUUUUGAUGCUUCCCUCUUUGCGCAUUCAGUGUAGACAUGAGUAAAGGGGCAGGCAGGCCGGAGCCAGACUUCCACCUAUGACAGAGCAGCUUCACCCUCUGGAUAAUCUUUUCAGUUCUCUGUCCAUUUUAACACAGGGAGGGUUUAUUUAUACCGAAAGUUCACUAGACUUUGCAGCACUUUUGUUUUGUAUAUCUAUCUUGUGAAAAUAAAAUCUUGCCCUCUGA